AUGAGUCACGAAGAAGCGAAGCAUAUUCCUUCAAGGAGAACACCCAUUGGAUUAAAAGGGAUCGAUACUAUCACGAUUAAUGCUGCUAGAGAAAUGCAUACAAAGACAGUGAGGGCCCGUUUCCCACCUAACAGAAUUCCUAACCCUGCUACGACUACAACUACAACUAAAACUAACACCAAUAUAAAAGUGGGUAUGGACAGUAUCAUGUGGAAUGAUAUUUUUAGUGCUAAAAACAGUACAUUAGUUACAAAUACAGCAACUGACAGCAGAACUAUGGCAGAAACAGUUACUGCAAUGGCACCACCAAUGAUGGCCCCUGCAAAGUUAACAAAGUUGCGUCAUAAGUGUAAUAAUCCAAAUAAUCCACCUUGCUUACAUUGUGGAACUAUGAUAAUUCCAUCACCUACUGCAAGAAUGCCCUUAGAAGAUAUACCCUCUAUUUCGAUUGACAAUUGGACUAUCACUUCUUGUAAAAAACCUAUUUUAAACUCUGUUGAACUAGAAACAUGGGAAUCUAAAUAUUUGCCUGGAUUAAGAGCAUUACCUGAGAUGAUCUUUGGAAACAAUUUUAUUAAGAUUGAAAAUAUAAAACAUAGCUGGCAAAUCGAAUUUAAUGCCUUAGAUGCAUUGAAAUUAGUGUCGUUAGAAGAUGCAGGCAUCCGUGUUGCCUAUUCCAAAGAUUGGAUCGAGUCUAAGAAACGUGUAAAUCAAAACAAAAAUAUAAAUAAGAAGAAUAAUGAAAUUGAAGUCCACGAAGUUGAAAUUGAUAAACUUUUACAAAUAGUGAAACAUUACGAUUGGACCUAUACUACUGAGUAUAAAGGGACGAUACAUACAAAGGAAAAAUCAGGGGAAGAUGAUAAAUAUAUCUUCCAGAGAGAUGAUUCUUUAGAAUUACCAAUAGAGAAAUUGUCACGCCCGGACCCAAUUUUAUAUUUUGAUGAUAUGAUAUUAUAUGAAGACGAAUUGGCAGAUAAUGGCAUAUCUUUACUGACGUGCAAGAUAAGAGUGAUGAAUGAAAGAUUAUUACUAUUAAUGAGAUUCUUUCUUAAUGUUGAUGACGUGAUACUAAGAGUCUACGAUACGAGAGUUUAUGUAGAAUUUAACACAAAUGAAAUAAUCAGAGAGUUUAAGAAAUAUGAAGGUGAUAACGAGACACUCCAAAGAUAUAGUAGGAUAGCCAAUUCAAUGGAUCCUAAAGCGUUAUUAAGAGACAGUGAUUGGGUUGUCAAACAUUUACCACUAAAAACUAGAGAAUGUGAAUAUCUUAAAUUUAGUGAUUAA